UCUCUCUGCUGGAAGUUUACCUUACCCACUGUAGACUCGGCUGUACUUUCUCUUUUAAAUGCCGUAGAUAAAUGAUAGAUGAACACAUUUGUGCUCUAUUUCAGCUUCUUGUUUCGGCCUGGAGAUAUACACAGGCUGCAGAGUGCACGUUUCUCGCGCUCUUUAAAUUAUCUAUAAAGUGUAUCUGACAAGACAGACCGCUCUAUAUACAAGUGUGUGAGCUGAAGACCGGGCUAGUUAUCAGUUUUCGUUGUGCUUUUGAGGAAUACCCCACAUGCAAAGUCUCCAUGUAUGACCACAUCGCUGAACAUCAGCCCUGGUGUUAACUACAUGCAGUAUCUCGGUCAUGUGUGAACUUGAACGUGAGGGCAGGAAAUAAAGCGCGCACCUCAGUCUGGUGGCACAUCGUGCGUAACAGGGAAGUGAAAUGAGCUUAACCCGCUUUCUAGGCUGUUAAAAGUUGUCCUCGCCCUGUGUGAACUACUCCGCGCUCUAAACUCACUUCUCCUCGGUCGAAACGACGGUAAAUCUCCGGCUUUUCUGGGACAACAUCAGCGUUAAAGUGAGAGAUGGAAGGAGGAAUAUGUUGAGUAGGAUACUCGGACAGGCGGAGUACUUAUGAGACAGAAGAGGAGGAAGAGGCGUCGGACCAGAGCAUUUUUCAAUGUUAUGAAAUCUCCUCUCAACUGAAGCCCUGCUUGAUCAUGGCCCAGUGGCUACACAUGUCCCAGCUGAUCCAGUGCCUGUCUGAUGAGACUGUCAACAACCUUUAUCCCCCGUCCGCCUUCCCCAUCGAAGUCAGACAUUUUUUAGCUGAAUGGAUUGAGUCCCAACGAUGGGACGACUUUGUGCUGGAAAAGGUGGAGCAGGAGAGCCAGUCUCGAGCUCUGUUGGACCAGAUCAUCAACAUGCUGCAGUCUAUUGCUCAGCAGAAUGCCAACGUGGUGGACAGGAUGAAGCUGAUGCAGAUCAGCAGGAACAUGACUAUGUUUCAACAGCAGCCUCUACAGUUUGGAGUGAUGGUCAGGGACAUCCUCAGGAAGGAAAGGGUUCUUCUUGGCACGCCCACUCAGAUCCCCAACCCUCCACAGUACCAACAGUACCCGAGUACAGAGUCCUCGUUCCCCAACAUGCAGGAUGUAGACCACCUGGUUCUGAAAGUGCUGGAGGUCCAGGACAUACGACAAAAGAUGCACCAGCUGCAGGAAGAGCUCAACUGGGAGAGACAGAACUAUGAGGGUUUACAAGGGCCAAUCCAGCCGAACGGACUGGAUCCCGCAAAGUCAGAAAUCCAGAAACUCCAGAGCCACAUCCAGCAGCUGGAGUACAAUGUUAAAGCCAUGGCCACGAAGCGUUUCCAGCUGCUGCAGGAGUGUGUGGACUGUUUGGACCAGUGUCAGACUCGACUGGUCACCAGGCUGAAGGCGUGGAGGUGGGAGCAGCACAAGGCCACCAUCGGGCAUCCCUUUGACGAAAACCUCAACCCCCUGCAGACCUGGUGUGAGCAGCUGCUUGGGGUGAACGGGAAGCUGAGACAGGAAUUGAUGCUAAUAGUGGAAACAAUUCCAGAGCUCCAGGAAAGGCUGGGGCAACUUCUGCAGGUUCUGAUUCAAAGCUCUCUUGUGGUGGACAAGCAGCCACCUCAGGUCAUUAAAACUCAGUCAAAGUUCUCCACCACCGUGCGAUAUCUGCUGGGGGAGAAAGUAGCUCCCGGGAAGCCUGUGGUGCUGAAGGCACAAAUCAUUAAUGAAUUGCAGGCCAGGAACCUGGCCAGUGUACCCGGUGAUAAUGUCGGGGAACUGAUCAACAACACCGCCAUCCUAGAACACAACACGGCCAGCAAGAGCACGUGUGCCACCUUUAGGAAUAUGUCCAUCAAGAAGAUCAAGCGAGCCGACAGAAAGGGAUCAGAGUCUGUGACAGAAGAGAAAUUUGCUCUCCUGUUCUCCACAGAGAUCACCAUCACAGGCUGUGACACUCCGUACAGGAUACAGACGAUCUCACUGCCCGUGGUCGUCAUUGUCCACGGAAGUCAAGACAACAACGCUCUGGCCACCAUCAUAUGGGACUGUGCUUUUUCUGAACCAGACAGAGUGCCGUUCGUGGUGCCCGAGCGCGUGCCCUGGAGGAUGAUGUACAGCACUCUCAACAGUAAAUUCACCUCCGAGGUUCAGACGCAGCACAAUCUGGACCACUACAACCAGCACUUCUUGGCCCAGAAGAUAUUUGACAAGCCUGACUUUGCCGAUGACUUCAGCAACAUGAUGGUUUCCUGGGCCCAGUUUAAUAAGGAGGUUCUCCCGGGUCGACCGUUCACAUUCUGGCAGUGGUUCGAGGGAGUGAUGGAUCUGACCAAGAGGCACCUGAAAACCUACUGGAGCGAAGGGCUGAUAUUUGGUUUCAUUGGGAAGCAACAUCUACACCUGAUUCUCAAAGACAGGCCCAACGGGACAUUCUUGCUUCGCUUCAGUGACUCUGAGAUUGGAGGCAUCACCAUCGCUUAUGUGUCUGCUUCUGAGAAUGGGGGCCUGAAAAUCCAGAAUAUCCAGCCCUUCACCAAGAGGGAUCUUGAGAUCCGUAGCCUUGGUGACCGCAUCCGUGACAUCAAUCACAUAACACACCUGUAUCCUGAAUUUCCUAAACAUGAAGUUUUCAAAAAAUUCUACUCAGAGCCUCAACCAUCACCUGCCGGAGGUUACAUCCCUGUGUCACUGCGCACUAAAGUGGGCAUGGAAGCUGGAUCAGCCACACCCCCACCUCCCAUUAUGGCCCCUAUGGCUGAAAACCCUCACAGUUCUGUUACCUUCCCUGUGCGUCAGUUCCAGCAGCCCUUCAGCCCACAAGAGUCCAUCCCUCAAGACAUCAUGGAAACUGCAACUAACUCUGAUGAGUUCAGCUCACCCUCUCCUGUUGUCUUCACUGAACUUCCCGCAGGUAACAAUAUGGACCUAGAUUUGGACAGUAUUCUCCAGACUCUGAAUAAUUAGGAAGACUUUCCAUCAAAGCUGUGUCUGGAGUACAAAGCAGGCGUCGAACAGAGACCAGAGUCAAACUCAUCUGUCUUACCAUCAUGUGAGAGACAGUGCCAUUGUUUGUGCAGACAUUCUUCCUUCGCUUUCAUCAUCCCCAUCCAUCUACAGCUUCUGUUGCUUUUGAUUAAAAACUUUGUGGAGACAAAAUUUGAUCUUUCUGGGACUCAGUGUGUUGAGCUGGUGAAAGGAGGAAAUUCUUUUAAGGGCAAAGUAAGACUGUGAACAAACCAGACCGAAAAGUGCUAUCAUCGCUGUCCGCUGAGGAUUUCUUUGUUUGGAUUGCUUUCAUUCGGGAACACAAGUGGAUUACUGUACAGGUUACAGUGCUUUUCCAACCACAGCCAAACAUGUGGAACAUCUGCCAGCGUGCCGCUCAUGGAAAGGUAAAGGUAACGGGACAUCGCCGCUCAGUGGACAGUGAGCUAAUGGAGAUUCUUUUUUUAGGCUGUGAAGCAUAUCGCAUGUUAUACUUUGUGCUUGUUACAUAUUUUUUUAGUCAUGAUGAGGCAAGCGACAUACACUCAGCCUCACAGUAUUGAACAGUAUGCAUGGUUAAUGUCAGUCAGUGUUUGUGGCCCUAACCUGUUCUGUGCUAUAGUGAGGAUUAGGAACAUGAAAGGAACAAAAAGCUUUUACAUCACUGUUGAGUGGGAAACUAUUCCACAUUGAUUGACAUUUACAAAGGAAGUGGUGAUUAUAAUGGUGGUGGGAAAUGCUCAUAUUAUAUAUUACAUUAGAUGUAUGUAUGUAUCCCAGUAAUGGAGUGCAAAUGUUACAUAUUACAUGCUUCAGAUAUUUUAUUUCUCAUUUUCGAUGCCCUAAUGCACAAACAAUAAUUUUUUUGUGAUGGAAUCUGUCUUCAGUCUUCAGUGAUAAAACUGGUAAUGACCAAAAGAUUA